AAAAUUUUUACCCUUGUUAAACAAAAUGGCUGCUGAAACCAUGUUGCAUGCUUUACCCAUAAGCUUGAUGCUAGGAUUGACAGCCAUCGUCUUUUCACUCUUCAAUUCUAUCCAACCUGAUCCUUACAUGGACGAGAUAUUCCAUGUCCCACAAGCUCAGAAUUAUUGCUCUGGAAAUUUCAGCCAUUGGAAUAACAAAAUCACCACUUUGCCUGGACUGUACAUUGUCAGCUACAUUUUGAGUCGUGUUCAAGAUUACGCGCCUUUUGUUAGCAGAUUUUUGGAUGACGACCAGCGUUGCUCGACAGCUUUCCUUCGUUUUGGAAAUGUUAUAUUUAUGUUGUUGAAUUUUUGGCUGCUGUAUGAGAUUUCUUUCAUGAUCAAUGUCAGAGAAAUGGAAGUGGCCAUUAAAGCAAAGUACGCCAAGAACGAUGGCAAAAGGAAGAAGAAAGAAGCAGUAAAGGUUUCAAAACAAAUGGCUGAAGAACAAGCUGAAGCUAAGAUUACUAUUAGAAUCCAUUCGUUUGCAAAUGCUUUUGUGUUGGUCUUCUUCCCGAUACUUUAUUUCUUCACAUUUCUUUAUUACACUGACCAAGGAUCAACUGCAACGGUUUUGUUAACAUACUGGUUUAGUCUGCAAGAAAACCACAUAAAUGCAUCGUUGACUGGUGCAGUUGCUGUUUGCUUCAGACAAACAAAUAUCAUAUGGGUUGCUUUCAUUGGUGGUGCCUCCUUACUGAAGGAAAUAGAAGAAGAAUUACCAGAUCUAUCAGAUGGGAUGAUGCAUUUUGUAAAGACAGUUUUUCAUACACUGAGUCAGAGAGUAAGUAGCAUUCUUCAGAAAGCUAUUCCAUAUGCAUUUAUUGGCAUAUUAUUUUGCAUUUUCAUCAUAAAGAACAAUGGAAUCGUGGUUGGUGAUCGUUCAAGCCAUCAGGCCUGUCUCAACAUCCCACAAAUAUUUUAUUUUACUGGAUUCACAAUGGCUUGCUCCUUCCCAUUAUUCGUUUCAACAUCAGCUUUCAAGAUUGUGUAUUAUAAGGUGAAGGAGUUGACAAAAAGCAAGAUCAAAUUAUUCAUCACUAUUUUCUGCAUUUUCAUUGGAGUAAUUGUCAUUUCCAGAUUCACGUAUGUGCAUGAAUAUCUCUUAGCAGACAACCGCCAUUAUACUUUCUAUUUGUGGAGAAAGAUUUUCCAGAGGCACUGGUCUGUGAAAUACCUGUGCAUGCCAUGCUAUUUUUAUGGUGCAUCUCUAAUAUACCAUCAUUUGUCAGCAAGAAAUUCAGGCUACUUCAUCAUAUUGCUCUUACUUUGCACAACAAUGGUAACAGUUCCGCAAAAACUUCUAGAGUUUAGAUAUUUCAUCAUACCGUAUUUACUUAUACGUCUCCAUUUUCAAUUGCCAAGUUAUUUUUCAUUAGCCAUGGAGUUUAUACUGUAUGGACUAAUAAAUGGAACAACUAUUUUGCUAUUCUUAUACAAGCCAUUUUAUUGGGAAAAUGAGUCAGGAAUCCAAAGGUUUAUGUGGUAAUUACAAAGUUAAUUUUGUUCUUAACAUAGCUUACAACUUGAUCAUGCAACUUAAUUUAGACACUGUUUAAUGUGAAUUUCUCAUUAUAUAGAACUAUCAUCCAACUGUAGUUAUUAAUUUAUUUCAAGUUGCUUCCUUUCAAGUCACCCCUCAACCACUAAAUGUAGACAUUCAAUGUUCAUGGGAAAUAUUGAAACAUUAAUGGGAAACAAUAUAGUGGGGUUAAGUCACCAAGUGGUUGGAGUAGUUCCCUGCAUUGCUUGAAAGGUCGAAUCUGAUCCAGGUUUCACCCAUGACUUACCUCCUGUCCACCCUGGAGCAAACAGCUUCCUAAAGUCAUCCAGGCUUAAAGACUCAUUGCUAACAAUGAGCGAUUGCGCUACGCAAGCAUCUUGUUAGCCCAGGGCAAGUGCCCUUUUUAACAACAAAUUCCCCUACAAAUGAAUUGAACUUUUACCACUUGUGCAGAAAGGCUCAAAACAAAGGCUUGUUGGUUUGAGUCUUUAUAAUGACCAAAGCAUCUGCAACAAAAUGCUAAUUAUUUUCCAUUAUAAUCAAUCGUUUGAAACAAACUACAUCAUCAGGAGUUACCUAUGAUAUGUAAAUGAAAGAGUAAAUAAACUCAUUUCCCUUGCAUUUAGCCAAAUCAUUACACACCCAGGUCUAAGUCAACCCUUUUCAAUUUCAUGAUAAUUUUGCAUCUUCAACCCCAACUCUUAAAUAACCACAAUCUUAAAAUGUAUCAAGAAAAGCUAUUACAUUAUAGCUGUUGUUAUCAAACCUUUGCUACAAAAUAAUAAGCAAGUUAUGAUCAUAAAAGAUUAUCAAUCAUUUGUCAAUCAGAUUGUCAUAAAAGAUUUCCACUAAAGCUGGUAGUUUUCCCAAUAAGCCCAACUCAGCUGCACAAUGAGUUUUCAGCUAGGGGAAUUAUAAUCUCUUGUUGAAAUUGAAACUUGUGUGGCCUCCAUUUUGGCAGUAGCACUUUUAAUGGCAGAAAUUUGAUAAUGGAGCAAAUUAAAUUUUUCAAGGUAGCAAAUAAAUCAAGGUAGAAAAAGAUGUUUGAAUGCUUGGUGUAUCUUUACUUAAAUUAUGUUUAUACAGGACCAGUAAAUGUUUACCUUUGGCAGUCAUGUAGAAUAAAAUAUAUGACAUCCAUAUGAUGAGAAAAAAGUUGAUUUUUAUCUUCCUAGAAAUAUAUCUUAUUUGACCAACAAUUCUUGUUAAAAAAAUUGGCUGUAGUUAGUUGAAUAUGGUUUGCAUUGUUGUUCUAUAGUUUGCUAAAAACAUCAUUGCUAAUUUAUGUAAUGUUAGGUACUUUGCAAUUGAUGUUGUAUCCAUAGGCGUAAACUCAGGGGGGGGGGGGCUCUGGGGCUUCAGCCCCUCCUGAUAAAACCGAAGGGGGGCUGAGCCCCCCCUGGAAAAUAAGGAAGUGCUUUACCAAUUUUAGAUUAGUUUGUUAUAUUAUUGGUUUGACGCAUAAGAUUUGUUGCAUUAGAUAAUUGCGUUAUGAAAAAUGCAUGGAAAAAUCACCUUUAGGCCCUUAGCUAAUCCACUUUCUAUCCUGUGACAUCAGCAGCUGCCAUUAGGAUUUGUCAUAAAUUUUUUGAGCCCCCUCUGAAAAAAAUGCAAGUCUAUGCCUAUGGUUGUAUCUUACAACCAGUAAGUUUUAUUUAACCAUAUAUGAAACCUGGUUUGCUACAACUAGUGUACUUCUCAAAAAGAUAUUAAAGCCAUU